AUGUCCGACGUCCCACCAACCGAGUUCAUUCCCAAACCAGAGGAACCUAAAGCACCAGCCCCUGCACCUCAGUUCCAGCAAGUUCCUCCGAAUUACUACCAAUUUCCACCUCAAGGUUACUACCCACCACAAGGCUUCCCGAACUACCCUCCUCAGCCUAUGCCUUACUUCCCCAACCCUUGGUUGUUCCAGCAAGCUCCACCUCAGCAAUUCCAAUUCCAAUCUCAAUCGAAGAGAGACCAAGACUUCGAAGAAGGUCUGACCCGCUUACGCAAAGAGUAUGCUACAGCUCCAAUUGAGAGAAAGUUGUUCCCGGACCAAAAAAUAUAA